GCCAAAUUUUGCGGGUUCGUAAAACUAUCCCUUAGAGAUUCUACCUAUGUGAGUCAUUAGGUGUAUGCGGGUAUGCGGGUAGUCUCUGCAGGUCAAGUCUUGACAUUAGGGUCUUCAGUGUUAAAACUUCCUCCAAUACAACUGCACAGUACUUGUACAGUACCGAGAGUAAAAAGAAAUUAAGUGUGUGAAGCAUACGUUGUUCAACGAUUUGGUAUAUAUAUCGUGUUAAUUAAUUGUUAAAUAGUAAAAGAAAUGAGCUAUUGGCUAUCUAAUUGUAAAUAUAUGCUCAUAUCAAACUUAAAGAGUAUUUAAAAAUACUUUACUUUGAUUUUAAAAAUAAAAAUAUACAAAAGUACAGUAAUAGAUGAGAGGUUGACACAAUUUACUUGUACAUGUAUUCUCUUCGACAAAGACAACGUAUUCAAUAUUAAUACAUCGUUAAUCAAUUAUUGUUUUGGUAUUUUUUAUAAAUGGAUUAAGUUUCUUAACGCUGAAACAGAAAAUUAUCAAAAUGGCCGGAAACAUAAGCAAUGAAAGUGAUGGAAGUAAAUUGGAUUUAAUCAUGAGCCAAUGUUACGAAAAUUAUAUACUUGUUGAUGUUGGUGCUAAUAUGACCAAUAAAAAAUUUGUACGAGAUUUAGAUAGUGUAAUUCAACGUGCAAAAGAUGCUGGUGUUCAAAAGAUCAUGGUCAUUGGAGCAAGUAUACGUUCCAGUAAAGAAGCCCUUCGAUUGACCCGGCUUUACCCAGGGACAUUGUAUUCUACAGCAGGUAUACACCCUCAUGAUGCUAAAUCUUGGGAUAAUACAAAUACUUUAACAGAGUUGGAAAGUAUUGCUAGCAAUCCAGAAUGUGUUGCCAUAGGAGAAUGUGGUCUUGAUUAUAGUCGAGAUUUUUCUGAUCCAGAAACACAACGUUUAGUUUUUCAUAAGCAAAUUGAACUUGCUUGUCGAUUAAAUAAACCUCUUAUCAUUCAUGAACGUGGAGCACAAUCUGAUGUAUUAGAAGUUUUGAAUCAUUAUAGAAAUCGAUUACCACCAGUUAUGAUUCAUUCUUUUGUUGGAAUGGCUGAAGAAGCACAAUUGUAUCUUGAUCAUGGUUUUUAUAUUGGAAUCACUGGAUAUUUAUGUAAAGAUAAAUCUGACAGCGGAGUCAGACAAAUAUUGGAAUCUGGAAAUGUACCAUUAGAUAAAAUUUUGGUAGAAUCAGAUGCACCAUUUAUGUAUCCAAAUUCAAGAGCAAGUAAACUUCCACUUUAUGUAAAAGAAGGAUUAACAGAAAGAUCAGCGACAUUUCUUCAACGAUAUUGUACUUUUCAACGAAAUGAACCAUGUUCAUUACCAGCAAUUGUAGAAAUGGUUGCAACUUUUAUGCGUAAGACUCCAGAAGAAGUAGCCUUGGCAACUGCUUUCAAUGCUCUUAAGCUUUUUGGAUUAAACCAAUGAUUAUUAUUCAUUUUAUUUAAUCUUUAUAUUUUUUAUUACUGGUGCUUAUUUGUAAUAAAAGAUAGAAAACUCAAUUUUUCAUUAUUUUACAUUAAAAAUAUAGCGUAUAAUCAUUACUGUGAAAAUGUUUAUAAGUUUUAAUUGUUUAUACAAAUUUAAUAGAUCGUCAUAGAUCUAUAUGGUUCGUGAUU